AUGGGGCAAUUGCCCAAGCCAUCAGAGCUCGACAACCUGAGUCUUGAAGAUGUCGAGACAUUGGAGCUGAUGCAGAAGAAGAAGAAGGAAGCCGAUGAGACAUUCAAAGCAGCUAAGUCAACGGCAAAGCUGGUGUCAGAGCGCAAGUCCGUCCCGGAGAAACCAAUGAAAGAGGAAAAGCAGAAGCAACAGAAGGACAGGGGGGGGCAAGAGACUAAGAAGGAAGAGAGCAAGAACAUCCGUGAGGAGAUUAUUACGGUUCACUUCAACUUUCAAAACCACAACUUCAGCUUGACCAUCCCCCGCAACACCACCACCGGCAAGUUGUGCUCCUUGAUUAUUGAGUUGAUGAACUUGCCAAAGAAGACCAAGUUUCGUAUGAUGUUUGGUGGCAACGACAUCUAUGUCAGUGGUGAUGACGGUCAGAGUUUUGGUUUGAAGAGACUCCACAAAGUGCCGGUGAAUGACGGAGACACCAUCGACUUGGACACUGAUGAAGGUGUGAUAACCCCACUCCGAACCACUGAGGAAAUCUUCGCCCCAUGGAAUGCCUCGAACAUCGACAAUGACGGUUCGUCCAAUGAGAGCAUGGAUGAGGAAGAACAGCAAGAUUCUGACAACAAGUCAAAUGACAGUUAG